CUUAACUUCCUUGAACUGGGAAGUAUGCUCAUUCAACAACUCGUUUCCCACUGACACGACUAGGCCACGGACAUGGCUCAAUAUAUACUGGUGUUGCAUACAUUAGCUAACACCUUCAUAAGAACAUACCUUCCAUUCUUACCUCACACAAUUAUUAGCUGAAACUUUUCUGCAGGCACAAAAUUAACAUGUUCCCAAGGAGCCACUUCAUGCAUCAGGGUCAUCCCCUGCUACAAGGUAUUAACACCGAAGGAUACCUUUGUGGUGGCUGCAAAACCAGUGGCUAUGGUCUGAAUUUCGGGUGCACGCCCUGCAAUUUUCAUAUGCACGAAUUUUGCAGCAAUUGCCCGAAAAUACUAUCCUCCUUUUUGCACCCAGGACACCCUUUAAGCCUCACGAUUAGUAGCCCUCAAAAUACCGCGCCUCCUGGGAUUUGUGAUGUGUGUGAAGAUACUGUUGAGGGUUUAUAUUACUGCUGUCAGACUUGUCAUUUCAAUGUGCAUCCACUCUGCACUCAGUUUCCCCGGUCUUUACCUCGUCCUCAUGCAGUUCAUUCUCUCCACCAUCUGAUGUUCCAAAAGCCUUAUAAAGACGCUCCCUGUCACGUCUGUGGAGCCGUCUGCAACUCCUGGAAUUGGAGGUAUAGGUGCGGACACUGUGAUGGUUUCGAUGUCCAUCUGCAGUGUCUGGCAAAACCACAUAAUAAAAUCACCAGGCCUCAACCGCCUUAUAGGCCCCUUUUUGCAAAUGUUCAAACAACUUCACCGUAUGGCGGAGUCCCCCAUGGCAUAUAUGCACAUCAGCCGAACAACUUGUACGGCCAAAUGCCUGUUGGCGCACCUUUAAAUAUGAAUUCAUCUAUCGUGUACAAUCCGGACCAUCCUUUUAAUGGAGUGCCUUGCAAUACAAAUACGUGUAGUACGUGCAACCAGGCACCUUUUCACUCGAAUUCACAGCACACGCAUAUUCACCAAGCUCCGGCACAAGCUGAGGCUGCCCCGGCUCAAGGUCAAGGACGUCGCAGACUAGGCCGCGAAAUUUUUCAUAUCCUCACUUCUGUGACAAAUGGAGUGGUUUCCAGUUUACUUGCUGAUGCUAUAUCCUGAGUUGUGAUUCAUGAAGGUUAUGAUUCAUUUAUCUGUCUCUUAAAUAAAGAUGUAUCAGAUUAAUCGCUAUGUACCUAGCUUAAAUUCAGCUGGGGACUUUCAUUUCACGGGUCUGAGACAUGAAACAGGGAGAUGCUGCAACAUGACUAUUAGUGAACGCUUUGUCUAACUAAAUGAUAUGUGCCGAGUUAAAUUUGUCUCGUCCCGUAUCAAUUUGCAAACGAAUUUUUAGACAAAUCAAGCCGAGCCGACUCGAUCAUCUUAUUUCAGAUUUAUUAAACAAACAAAUAUUUUAGCUUAAAAUUAAAUCCAUGACUUAAAAUCCAUAAAACAUGCUCGAGAACAACUAGUCACAUUUCCUUGGUUGAAAUGAUUUUAAGAUCUGUGUGGCCCUUGUUUGUUUGCUUUUUGCGAGGAAAAGAAAGUUGUAUACUCAAACAAUUCUAUGUUAUAUAUAUUUCAGCA